AUGGAGGUGGGGUUGAAUGUUUGUGUGGGGGUUGGGGUUUGGGGGGGGUGGUAUUUAGUGUAUUGUUUUGUAUUUGAAUGGGUUUGGUUGGGUGGGUGGGGGGGGGGGGGUUUGUUUGUGGGAGGGGGGAGUUUGGGGUUUGAUGUGUUAAGGUGGGUGGUUGUUGUGGUUUGGGUUGGGGGGUUUUGGGUUUGGGGUUUGUGGUUUGGGUGGUUUGUUUGGUGGGGUGUGGUUGGUGUGUGGGGGGGUGGGGGGGGUUUGUGGUUUGUUUUGGGGUUUGGUUUGAGGGGGGGUUUUUUUUGUUGGGUGGUGGGUUGGGUGUGUUUGUGGUUGGGUGUGGGGGGGGGGGGUUUUGGGUGGGGGGGGUGGGGGUUUGUUGGGGUGGGUGUGGAGGUGUGUUUUGUGUGGUGUGGGGUGGUUGUGGUUUGGGUUGGGGUGGGUGUUGGAGGUUGGUGGGGGUGGGGGUUGUGUGGGGUUGUUUUGUUGGGGGGUGGGGGGUGUUUGGGUAGGGGGGGUGGGUUGUGGGUGGUUUGUGUUUGUUGGUGUUGUGGGUGGGGUGUGUUUGUUUGUGGUGUGGGGGGGGUUGGGUGUGGGGUGGUGGGGGGUUUGGGGUUGUGGGUGUGGUGGGGUGGGGGGGGGGGGGGGUGUGUGGGGGGUGUGUUUGUUGUUGGUGGUGUUGUUGGGGUGUUUGGGGGGUGUUUUGGUUGGGGGGGGGUGGGGGGGUGGGGGGUGUUGUGGUGUUUUUUUUUGUUGAUUGUUGUGGGGUGUGUGGGGGUUUUGUGGGUUUUUGGUGUUUUGGGUUGGGUGGGGUGGGGGGGUGGUGUGUGGGGGUUGUGGGGUGUUUUGUGGGGUUGGGGGUUUUGUGGGUUGGUGGGGGGUGUGGUGGUGGUGGGGUGUUGUGUUUUUAGGUGGUGGGGGGGGGGGUUGUGUGGGGGUGGGGUGUGUUGGGGUGUUUGGUGGGUUGGUGUGUGGGGGGGGUGUUGGGGUGGUGUGGGUAUGAGGGGGUGGUGGGUGUGGGUGGUUGUUGGUGGUUGUUGUGGGGGGUUGGGGGGUAUAGGGAGGUUUGGGGGUGGGGUUGUUGGGGUGUGUUGUUUUGUUUGGUGUGGGGGUUAUUGGUGGUGGGGGGGGUGGGGGGUGGUUGGUUGUGUGUGGGUGUUGGGGGGGUGGGUGAGGGUUUUGGGGUGUGGGUGUUGA